AUGGAUGCGAUAUGCGAGCCCCUCGGAGAACUGUCUCGUCACGAAUUGCUGUCUGGGCAGCAGUUUUCAAGCCAGCCUGAACGUGGCUGGUUCCCCAAGUUCAACAGGGGCCAACAUCAGCAGCGUGAACAUGGAUGUGGGAACCUUUUGCAUCGCUGCACCUCUUUGGAUGCUUUCACCUGGGGCAUCUUGGCUGUCCUUACUCUGGAACUGGCCAAGCAGCUCCAAUGGCUACAUUCUUUGCACCCAUGUGGGAGACGUGCCAAAUUUUGCCAGCUGGAGAGUCGCCUUGCAGUGUUGCCCCUGCACCAGCACUCGGUCCCUCCUGCGACUGCAUCUGCACCUUUUAGCGGAGGGAGGAAGCCACACUUCUUUCUGGGAGCAGACACUGAACAUGCCCCGAAGAAUCAGUCUCCUAGCAAAGCCUCACGGUCUGAAGAACACCUCGUGCCUUCAGAAACAGGGGACUCCCUGCCCAGCCCAAGCCCCGAACCAGCCUCGGUCUCACUGGAUUCACAGGGCAGCCUAGAGCACCAGAAGUCCUUUGAUGAAGCUGCCUCUCAACUGCAGCAGACAUUCCAAGCUAGUGUUUCCAUGGCAUUCAACAUCCUUGGGCUUGAGCAUCUGCAGAAGAAGCAGUACGCAGCAGCCUUUCACCUUUUCAAGCUGGCGGCGGAUCAGAACUACAGCAAAGCCCAGCUCAAUGUGGGGUUGUGCUAUGAACACGGAAGAGGCACCGAAAAGGACAUGGCAAAGGCUGCCCUCUACUACCAGCGGGCGGCUCACCAGGGCCACCCUAUGGCCCAGUAUCGCUAUGCUAAAUGGCUUCUACGGAGCUGGCCCAAAGUGGAGGAAGACAGUCAUGUACAGGAGGCGGUGGAUUUGCUGGACCAGGCAGCCGCUGCGGGGCUGACCCAGGCACAAGUUUAUCUGGGUAGGCUCUGCCUGAAGGGUCUGAAGACUGGCAGGAAAACAGCACUGAAGUACUUGCAUAUGGUAACCAAGAGUGAGGAUUCCUUGAGCAAGCUCCCUUUGGGGGUCUUGUAUGAAAAGGGCUUUGGACGUGCCCAGAACCAGCAGGCAGCUGAGAAGCCCAGCCGGCAAGUAGAAGUGGCAGGCUCAAAGCCUGCCCAGGAGAGCAUAACAGCAAUGAUAACAGAUACACAGAGCCAGCACCUGUUAACUGUGGCCCCGAGAUCCUUCUUCUCCAGCCCCUGUCUUCAGAGCCUGAGUCAGCCACCAGUUUCUCACAUAGGACAGCCAGUUCUGGACCUGAUUCAUUCCCAGAGCACAGGAAACCUCAGGGAUGUGUCCUGCCUGCCUCAUCCAGCCUUCCCAGAUUGCUUCUCCCUCAGCCUCCGUCCCUUGAACUGGUCUCCAGGGAUAGCCAUUGGCUAACAUGGCUAAUCAGAAAAACUUUUUCUGCCAGA